CCGAUUGGCGCAGCCGCGCACGUGGGGCCGCCCGCCCGCACGCCUCGGCGCUCGCAGCGCGGCCGCCGCCGCGGGCUCCGUGCGGGGCGGCGCGGGCACUCAGCGCACCCUGGUGCGCACCGCCCGCCCGCAGCUGCGGCGAGCAGAGCAGAGCAGAGCAGAGAAGAGCCGAGCGGAGCCGAGGAGCCGGCAGGAAGACCGCAUUUACUGGUGUCCUGUGACUUCUUCAGGGGACGUGUAGGUGUGUGUUUCCCUGUCCUGACUUAAGCAAUAACUUCUGCAUCUUUGGAGAACAGUUUGUGACUGGAGAUUGAUUUCCUCCAUCUGCAGAUUUAUUUUGGAGAGCAGCAGCCUGCUCUAUUUGUGAUCUACAAUGAGUGCCAAAUCUGCAAUCAACAAAGAAAUUUUUGCCCCACAUGAUGAAAGGAUGCUGGGAGCUGUCCAAGUGAAAAGAAGAACGAAGAAAAAGAUUCCUUUCCUGGCUACUGGAGGUCAGGGUGAAUAUUUAACAUACAUCUGCCUGUCAGUGACGAACAAGAAACCGGCUCAGGCAUCUAUUACGAAGGUGAAACAGUUUGAAGGUUCCACGUCCUUUGUCAGGAGAACGCAGUGGAUGCUCGAGCAGCUUCGCCAGGUCGAUGGUAUCGACCCUAAUCGGGAUUCCCCAGAAUUCGAUUUACUAUUUGAAAAUGCUUUCGACCAAUGGGUAGCAAGCACAGCCUCAGAAAAAUGCACAUUCUUUCAGGUUCUUCAUCACACUUGUCAGCGGUACCUUACAGACAAGAAGCCAGAAUUUAUCAACUGUCAGUCUAAAAUUAUGGGAGGUAACAGCAUACUCCAUUCAGCAGCAGACAGCGUGACAAGCGCAGUACAGAAGGCGAGUCAGGCUUUGAAUGAGCGUGGUGAAAGGCUAGGUCGAGCCGAAGAAAAGACAGAGGAGCUGAAAAACAGUGCUCAGCAGUUCGCAGAAAAUGCACACAAGCUUGCCAUGAAGUACAAAUGUUGAGAUACUGCCCAAAGUCAAAAUCUGCCCGAGAGCAACUGAAAAGCUAGGUUCAGCAAUUUUUACAGGAGAAUCCAGGCUUCCACGAGCUUUUUCCUUCCAGUUCAGUGGAGAUAAGUUCUUUCAGUUUCUGUGCCAGAAAAAAUAUUGUGUUUUUACCUGUUUGAUUUAUUUUUUGUUCUUUUUUGUAAGAUUGCUACACAAUCCUGCAGUACUACUUCCAACCUGUAUUUCAGUUAUUACAGGAGUUAAAGCAAACAGGGAAAGUGGACCAAAUGAUAAGCUGAUAAGUAUUAAACUAGGAAUAAUCUUCCCCCAUACUUUUUCCUGAUAGUGUACAGGAAAAUAUUUAACUGGCUGUGGAGAUGUGUGUGGAAAUAAAAUCCAAAGAAAGGUUAUACUUUUUUCAUUUUCUGUAGCAUUAGCAGAAUGUGAAUGUUGGAAUUAAACACUGAGGUCGUAACUAUAGUGGAGAAUAGCCUGCUUUGUUAUGGGAGACAGAAAACAAUAUUUCUUCUUCCCAAUGCAGGAACUUUUGCACGUGCCAUUACCAGCAUUUGGAAAUGGAUAUCUGAAUUACAUAAGGGAAUCUGUUACUGUGCUGCAUUUUGAAUAUUUAUAUUUUACCUUCCAGAUGGAUUAUUUGAAUUGUAUAAUGAAACCUAGAGAAUGUAUGCUUAAGGUCUCAAAGUUCUGAGAAAAAUGUGAUUUUUUACAUCUGUGCGCACAUAGUUGUGCCUCAAACUCAAUCUAGAAUUUAGCAAUCUGGUAAAAAAAAAAAAAAAAUAAUAAUAAUAAUAAUAACAUUUCAUUUUCUUUUUACCUGUGAGUCCCUGCGUAACAGCCCAUAGAAAUGAAAAUGCCCCAUUUUCUCAGUCACCUGUUUUGCAUAAAUUCUACAGUAAGAUUUUUUGGGGAAGAAUUCAGAGAUUUGUCUGGUUAAAAUGAAUUGACUUUUGUGUUAGCUAGUCCUCUGAUUCUUAAAAUAGAAGCUUUGAAAAAGCAUGUCUUAGCACAUAUAUUAUCACUGGAAGAGUGGCUGCCUACUGAUGUUUCUCUUACAAAAAUAAAUUGGUUACUCUUCCAUGACACAUGUAUUCUUAACAUUUAUUAAGAUGUUCUUAUUUACUUCUAGAAUUAAAAAAAAAGAAAAUAAAAGAAAAAGCGGGGAUGUCACACACUUUUUUUUUUUUUUUUAAACAUCUGUAAGCUAAAACAGAAAUUCUGGCAGAAGUUUCAGCCUUCAUCUUUCAAAGAUACGUGCUGUUUAAAAUCAAUGCACAGAAUUUUCUAUCCUCAUAAAACUGAAAAGCCAGAGACCUGGCAUUAUCUGAAUGUACUGUAGUUUUCAUUUUCACUGUAGAAUAAGAUUUUUGCAUUAUUAAUGACACUUUAAACAGUCUAAAAUCCUCAGAGCAAUGCUUGGAAUAGGGAUGGAAGCUUUUGGAGUAACUGAGACUAUUUUAGUUACUGCAAGCUGAAGUAACUGAAAAUCUCUCUUGGAAAUGUGCAUAUUGUAAGAUGAUGCUUGGCUUUAGGAAAACAAUCAAACUAAAUACAUCAACUACUUCAAAGUGGUGCAUUCAAAUUUUACUUUUUUUUUUUAAUAACUUGAACUAUUUUGUAUCAAGCUUUUUUCUAAUUUCACACUGGGAUCGAGAGAAACAGGAAAUUUGUCAUCUAUAUAGUACCAAACAAUCAUUUCAGGAUUACCUCUAACAAUUAUUGCAACCUGCGCUGACAACAGAAAAAUAAUUAGGCCAGCUGCGUGUUACAAGUGGGAACAGUGUCUUUUAAGAUGGGAGUUCUGAACACUUAGUUGAGCUACUUACAAUUAAUACUUGUCCUGGAAAUGUCAGCAGCUUUCUGAGAACAAUUGUAAUGAAUGUGGAUAUUUUUGCAAAUUAACAAGUAAAAUAGGCUCUUAUUAGAAAUUAAAUUUCUGCUAGAGACAAAAUGUUACUUUUUUUUUUUAACAGCUGCGUUAGAAUUCAGUCAUGCAUUUUUGACCACACAACUGUCUUCUGUCAUCGACUUUUCUACUCUAAGUAGUUUUUAGCUAUAUUCUUGGUGAUUCUGUUGCUAACCUAACCUAAAUGUUUCUGUUCAGAGAAAGAUAGAACAGGCUUUGAACUGCUGCCACCUAGCUGGUUCUCUAAGGUUGUCAAUAAUUUAGAAGAAAUAUCUAAACUCCAGAUCAGGUAAACCUGAGAAGAAUUACUUGCCUAAAUUCAGAUUAAAAGGCAUAGAUUUUCGGGUGUUUACAUGUUUUAAUAUCAGCUGCAGAGGUCCAGUUCACACUUGCAGUGCUGAGUUCCAGAUCUUUCAUGGAUUCAACAUUAUGUCAGUCCCAUUGACAGUUUUGCCACAUUGGUUUUGUAUAUCUUCCUGUUUGAGUUUAAUGUAUUACAUAUCAUAACUCAGGACUUUUUUUCAGCCAUCAAAAGCCAAUUGCUACGGGAUUUUUGAGUAAACUAGUGAUAUGGAUGAAAAAAAGAGUUUACUUGCAUUUUUAUUUUGUUCUUGCUAUUCAUUAAACUGCAAAACUUGGUGUUUUCUAGAAAAAUGUCAAAGAUGUGUACUAACAUCUAUCCAAAGGUAAAUCUUAUAGCAUUGCAAUUUCCUCCUGGAAUUUAGCUUGUAGUGUAUACAACAUAGUAUUAUUAGAUAUCCAUGUACAUAACAUACAUAUACAUAAUUCAGGUUAAUGUUUCAUAUUAAAGAAUGUAUUUGUAAAUUGUAACAAGAUCAAUAGUUUCCUUAUCUUUUUAAAGUUCUGCAAAGAAUAAAAUAAUGCAUUGUUAGACUUGAGACUACUGUACUGCAAAAUCUGUCUUAAAAGGCUACUUUUGUGUCUAGCAAAAGUUGUGCAUUAUGUGAAAUAUUAACAAACAUGUGCUCUCUAAAAAGUGAUUUAAAGGUAGGUAGGUUUUGCUAUAAUAUGCCAGAAUUGUCAUACUUGCUGAUAUCUGUUGUAACAAAUUCCUCAGAAGUUUGCAAAGAUGUAGAAAUAAUUUUGUGCCAUUCUGGAAAAAAGUGGGACCUGCUCUGAGUCUUACUGGAAACCCUGAUUUUGUCAUUAAACACUUUAACUGUGAAAGAAAA